CGGCCAUGGAAGCACCUCGAACUUCCAGGCCACCUUUGGGCAUCUGCACCCGCAGCCGAUCCCAGAUUCCGAUCCAGAUCCAGCCCCACCGCACCCGCUCGGGUCGGUUCAUCAACAGCCUCCUCACCGGUUUUAAUUCGGACCGCAAAAGACCCAGGCCAACCUAUUCCUCCGACGGCGACGACCUUCACUCUCUGAUUAAGGAUCUCCGCGUCAAACGCGUCUUUUCCCCAACCUACAAGCCCCCCGAGAAUCUAAUCGCCGACACCAAAUCCCGCGCCGGAUUCUGCUUAGCUCAACCGGAGUUUAAUCCGAAGGAGACGAAGAGCAAUCCGGCCGAGAUCUGUGGAAAUCGAUUCGAUUGCUCAGCUCCGGAUUUGGAUGACUCCAAGAUUAAAGAGCCUGAGAAAUUGGGAUUAGGGUUUUUGGCUCAAGCCCCAAUUUCGACUGUGGAUCUUGGCGGCGGCUCCGGUUCUGAUCCGGAUUCUACGCAGACGUCGCCGCCUGAGGCGAAGAGAAAUGGAGUUGAGAUCAAAAUCGACAGCGAAACGAAACCGGUCCUUAAGAGUCGAAAGAGAGUGUUCAAAGCGCCCGGCUCCUUUAGUUAUAGAAGAAUGCUGCCUUAUCUGAAGGAUAUCAAUAGAGAUAACUCUUGCAUGCUAGAUUUUUGUGAUUUGCCAAAUCGUGGUAAAGGUUUUAAAGGGAAAUCUUCUGAGAGUAAGCUUGUUUCUGGUAUUCGAGGAACUUCCGUGCAUCACUUUACUGCACAGAAUGUCUCUAGGGAGUGUCCUAUUGUUGAUUCUGAUACUCAGCCGGAAGCUGUACGAGUUUCUUCUCAUGUUUUAUCUAAUGGUGAUGACUCAAGUUCAGAAUCUUCUGAAUGUGAUCCUGAAUCACCACCUAUACUGGUGGCUGAUCAGGGUCUGCCAAAGUCACAUGUUGAUGUUCAGAAUGUGAAAACUGAUUUGGAGGUUUCUUGUGAAGUUCAGAAGUUAAAUGUGUCGGAGCCUUUUUGCCCUUCAGCUCUGGAGAAUUCUCGAGUUAACACUGUUGGUGUAACGGUCAUGUGUACAGAUGAUAGUUGGAAAGUGGAGAAUGUGGGGAAUGCUUGUAAGGAUUAUAUUGUGUCCUCUUCUGAAGAUCAAAAUGUGAAAGACAUAAAUCCUCAGUCAUCUUCAGUCAUGGAGGAGAAAUAUUCAUGCAAGGAUAAUGAAGGGGUAGAGCACAAGGAAAACACACACCAGGCUCAGUGUGAAGGGAUUGAAACUAUUGAUAUGGGGUAUCCUUGUAGUGCCCAAAGUCCAAAUCAUAUAAAUGAGCAAAGAAUUGGCAGUGCUGAAGAGGUCUUGAAUCAGAUAUGUGUCUUGAAUGAAGAGUCUAUCCAGAUGACACCACCAGAUGCUGAGAUCCUUGAUAAACUAGAGGUGGAAGUAAAAGUCAUCGGUGCAGCAGAAUAUGCUCAUCAGAGUACAGAUCAAGGUAUUGGGAAGCCAAGCAGUUAUAAAGAUGCUGCAUCACUUGCAUGCGUAGAUCGUGGAAAUGAAUGCAGUCCGAAAAGAAAACUGGUUUUGAAUCCUUGUUCAAGGCUAAAACUAUUUAAGAGUCCGGGUUCAGUCAGCUACAGAAGAUUGCUUCCAUUUAUUAUGGAUAUGGAAAAAAGUAACUCCUGUGCUUCAGCGUCAAUUACUCUCAAGGAUCCGGAACAAAGGCAACCAUUGACUCCCACUCAGCUAGGACCCCCAAUGGAUGAAUCAAAUGUUCUUUUGUCUCAUACAGAGCCUGGCACACCAACAUCUCAAUUGAGAAAUGGUAACGGUUCAUCUAAUAUUGAUGGACCAAAUUUACCAUCUCCUGAACAUGUCACUGGAUCUCGAAUGUUAUUUAAGGUACAAAAGGAAAUGCAUGGCCAACAUUCUGCGUCAGCUAAACAUAGUAAACUGCAUACUUUCCCUGACAUUGUGGGGGCUUUGGGACUGGAAUCAAAACUAUCAGUCCCUAUUGUGGGUGCUAAGAAGAGUGAAUCUCCUUCCGUUCAAAAUAAGGCAAGAACAUCCUGUCCAGAAUCACCAGUCACACUUGCGUUAUCUCUUGGUACUGUUGAUGACUGCGUAAGCUCAAAAACAUCCUUAAAUGACUGUGGGAAGCCAGUUAAAGCCAACAGCCGGGGUCAUAACUCAUCUGGAAUUGAUGCCAAAGUUUCUUUAAUCACUCAGGCAGAUACAAUCAAAAAAGGGAUCCUCAAAAGAAAUCCAAGAGGAUGCAGAGGACUUUGCACCUGUUUGAAUUGUGCUUCAUUUCGACUCCAUGCAGAGAGAUCAUUUGAGUUCUCGAGAAAUCAGAUGCAAGAUGCUGAAGAAGUAGCUUUGAAUUUGAUGAAGGAAUUAUCAACAUUGCGUAAUUUAUUGGAAAGGUCAGCUGCCAGAGGAAAUGAUCAUGUUGUCGCUUUAAAUGAGGUUAAUAGUGCUUGCCGAAAAGCAUCUGAAUCUGAAGACCUUGCAAGAAACCGCCUUAAAGAAAUGAAUUAUGAUCUCAACAUCCACUGCAGAAUCACAUGCUUGCACGAACCAAGGGUCAGGUUUGCGAAUCACAGUGAAGAAAAGGUCAUUCCAAAAGCCAAGUAAACAAGCAAUUAGAUAAGAAAAUAGUCAUUCUUUGUUAUAUCAAUAGGUUUAUUAGUUGCCACCUUGUGCAUAUGUGCCAGGAAUCUUUGGUUGACUUGAUAUCCAGUAUGUUACUUAUUGUAAGUGAAGAAAUUGUAUCUGGGGUACUUGGGAAGAUGUUUAAAACACAUGCAGCUGGAAAACGAGAAGCUGGAUAUAGAAUGAAAUAGUUCAUAUUAUUGGAUAGGUUCCAUGGUACACACUUUCUUUAAUUCAAGUUUGAACUUAAUGAUAAUGUCAAGUUUCUGC